AUGAAUCAGAUGAGGGAUAAGAAUGCUAGCUUUACAAUUAAUGUAUUAAAUGGUCAAUCAGCAACUUUGCUAAUUCCAAAAUCUCCACCUGGAAAAAGCCAAUAUACAAAGUUAUAUUUAAAACUAAAUUUAGACAGGAGUGCUUUCUAUGAUCUCAUUGAUCGCUAUGCUCCUAAAAUUGGGCUUUAUAUUAUCUUAUGUGUCGCAAGAUCAACAUUAUCUGUGAUAAUACUCAUCACAAAAACAUAUCCAAGAAUAAUAAAGGCAAAAAGAAGACAUAAAAUUGUAAAUACUUAUUCAGCUAAUAAUAAGAGACUUGGACAAAAUAAAAAUCUGAUGCCUAACUCAAAAUACCAAGAAUAUAAUUCUGAUGAUCAAAUAAAUUCAUCUGUUAUUGAACCAGAGGUUAUAUCUAAUAUUAAUAUUACAAAGGAAAUUGAACCAAUAUCUAUUAAAAGAAUUGAAUACACUUUUCUUGAUGAAGUUGAUUCUAUUACAGAAAUAAAUAAAACAAAAAAUACUAAAUUGCAAGUUAAAUCAGCAUCUGCUAAAAGAGUAAAGAGAAUGUCAGUUUCUGAUGAUCAUAAUGAAGUUAAAAAAGAUACUAAAUCGCAAGUUAAACUAGUAUCUGUCAAAAGAGUAAAGAGAAUAUCAGUUUCUGAUGAUAAUACUGAACUUGUAACUCAUAAUGAAAUUGAGAAACAUAUCUUACCUCACAAUAUUUUUUCAUAG